GUCUUUAGGUUCUGGGCAAUGUCUGAUUGGCAGAUGUUAAAAGAGAUUCUUUGGUAAUCCAGUGCAUCAAUGAACUGCACAAAUUCAGUACAGGGCUGGAAUAAUUCAGGCAUGAGGAGGACACUUUGUGCUUGCAGUCUCGAAAAGGCAGAGCCAAGAUGGAUAGAACCUUGGAAUCCCUGAAACACAUCAUUGCCCAAGUUUUGCCUCACAGAGACCCAGAUCUUGUAUUUAAAGACUUGAAUGUUGUAUCAAUGCUGCAGGAAUUUUGGGAAAGCAAACAACAGCAGAGAGCUGUGUUCCCAAGUGAAGGUUUGGUGGUAUAUGAGUCUUUGCCAUCUCCUGGGCCUCCAUUUGUAAGUUAUGUCACCCUCCCUGGAGGAAGCUGUUUUGGUAAUUUCCAGUGCUGCCUUAGCAGAGCAGAGGCCAGAAGGGAUGCAGCCAAAGUGGCCUUGAUCAAUUCCCUCUUCAAUGAAUUACCUUCUCGAAGGAUCACUAAGGAGUUCAUCAUAGAAAGUGUUCAAGAAGCCAUCGCCUCCACCAGUGGUACUAUAAAUGAUGCUGAUGAUCCAAGUACCAGCAUAGGAGCCUAUCACUAUAUGCUGGAGUCAAACAUGGGGAAAACUAUGUUGGAAUUUCAGGAGCUGAUGAUUGUUUUCCAGCUACUGCACUGGAAUGGAAGCCUGAAAGCCCUUCGGGAAACCAAGUGUUCCCGACAGGAGGUGAUUUCUUACUAUUCCCAGUAUUCCUUGGAUGAAAGGAUGAGGAGUCACAUGGCCCUUGACUGGAUUAUGAAGGAACAAGAUUCACCAGGAAUUGUCUCUCAAGAGCUGCAGAUGGCCCUGAGGGAGUUGGAGGAAGCCAGAAGAGCUGGACAAGAGCUUCGAUUUUACAAAGAAAAGAAAGAAAUAUUGAGUUUGGCUUUAGCUCAGCUUUACAGUGACCAAAAUACCUCUUCUCCAAGUGAUGAUCAGAUGAGUCUGGCUGCUUUAUGUGGCUACCACUAACUGAAAAGAGAACUGCAAUGGACUCAUCAAUACUGAACUAGAAAAAGCUAAUUCUUUUGGUAUUCCGAUGGACCCUGCAAAUUGAUCAUUUCCAGUUAUGGUUUUAGGGAAAUGUAGCUGCUAACUGAAGUUUUAUUUCAUUUGCACCCUAUCCCAACCUGACUCCAAACCCAUCAUACAUCAUGGAACCUUAGAGAUAAAAAGGACCUCAGGAAUCAUCUAAUUCAAUCUCCCAACCAAUACAGGAAUCAUUUUUCUUCCAUUAACAAGUCUAAAUUGGAAGAAGGGGAAGGAAAAGGAUAAAUGCUUUGCAUAUAGUUUCUCAUUUGUUCUUCACAAUAAACCUGUUAUCCCUUUCUUACAGAUUAGUAAACUGGGGCUGAUACAGAUUAAGAGACUUUCCAAGAUCACAAGAUUCUGUGAUUUUGGAAAGUCACAGAAUUACCAAGUUCCAGAGGAAGGAUUCAAAUCUAAAUCUGUCUACUUUAAUUGCCAUACUCCAUUCCAUUUAAUUGUCUCAUAAAUAGGGAAAGAGAAGACAAGUAUUUGAAAGAUAUUUUUCACAAAUCAUUGAAAUUCUACAGAAUGUUACUCAAGAUCUACUAAAUCUGACAAAGUUUGAUAAGCUACAUUAUAGCUAAGAAUUUAACUCCAGAGGAUUCUAUUGAUAAACUUCACAAACCUUUUGGUUACAGAGUACCCCAAAGAAGAAUUAGCUAGUGACACAUCAUGCAACAUGCAUUCAACAAAUAAAGAGAAUUGAAUUAAAUGUGCAACUUGUACAUUUUUUCCAAUGGAAAUAAUAAUAGUUAGCAUUUGUAUGGUAUUUUAAGGGUUGUAGAGUAUUAUGUAAAUAUCUCAUUUGAUCCUCAAAACAACCUUGGAAGUUAAGAGUCCUUAUUAUCUCAACUUUACAAAAGAGGAAACUGGGGCAAAUAAAGGUUAAAUGACUUAAGCUAGUAAGUAUCUAAGGCAAGAUUCAAACUAAGGUUUCUGCUUUCAAGUCUUAGUCUUCUACUCUAUCUCCCCUCAAAAUACAGCAAGGAGAGGCCAUAAUUUAAUAAGCAAAAAGUAUUGCUUAUACUAGCAAUUUUAUUUUUCAUUUUGUAAUACAAAUUAUUUAAAUUAUUUUUAUUUUUCUAAAAAGAUUAGAGAGGUAAAGAAGUAUAGUAGGAAGGAUAUUGGAUUUAGUCUUGAAUUCAAAUCUCAUCAGCCAAAUCACUUAAUCUCAUUUAUUGAGCCCAUUUUUAUCUGAAGUCUCUGCUUCAGUUUUCUCUACUAUAAAAUGAUCCCUAAGGUCUUCCAACACUAAAACCUAUAUUUCUUCAAAAGAGCAAAUGAUCUGUAGUACUUGGGGACAACCUUGAACUGGAAGGGGGGAUUCCCCAGGUUUAUUAAGCUUGAUUCUGAAUUCCAACAGAUAUGUUCUUUCUAUCUCUCUGUCUCUGUUCUCUUUGUCUCUUUCCAUCUCCCUCUGCCUUUCUCUGAGACUCUAUCUUUGUCUCUGUCUGUCUCUGCCUCUAUCCCUUUGUAUCUCUGUUUCUACCUCCCUUUGACUCUCUCUCUCUCUCUCUCUUUCCCCUCUUUUCGUUCCUCCCUCCCUUCCUCCCUCUGUUUCUAUUUCUCUAUCUGUCUCUGUCUCUUUGUCUUAGUCAUCUCUGUCUCUUUCUGUCUUUCUGUUUCUGUCUCCUUUUGACUCUCUGUCUCCCUCUACUUCUCUGUCUCUGUCCACCUAUCUCUGCCUCUAUCUGAAUCAGUCUUUGUCUUUCUCUGUCUCUUUCUGUUUGUCUGUCUCUGUCUCUGCCUCUCUGUCUCUGUUUCUCUCUCUUUCUCUUAUUUCUUGAAGUAUCAUAAGUAAGUGUUGUGCCUGCCAUUUCUAACAUGACUUCCAGAGCUUAUGGGUGGCCCAGGACCAAUAUCAAGGAUGGAGACCACAGAUCUUCUCAUACACAGACUAAAACCUAGCUUGUGAAAGGCUACCAACAUUCCUAAACUUACUGAUCUGUAUUACUAAUUCUGAAUUGUAACCUGGUUUGUCAGAAUCUUCUAUGUGGGGUCUCUUAUUUCCCAGAGUCCUUUACAAUUGGUUUAUUUAGAUUGGAAAGGAGCUGAUUCUGGGUUCAGCCUUCUCUCCAUAUCCAAAAGCAAGAUCUCCAUAAGACUGGGAUAAACCAAUCCAAUAAACAUUUAUUAAGUAA